GCCGCACUUGUUUUUCUCAGGAAUUCCUUCCAUCUUUUCCCCGCUGUCGAUCUUCCGUUGUGCGGAGGAGUCAUAACCUUUCCCGUCCUCCCUACAAUCAUUCCUCUACGCUUCCCCGACGAUGGCGGUAAAUAAGACGCGGCCUACCAGCCGUAUUGUCCCGGCUAUCCCUCUGGUAUUCGAAAAACGUCCGCAUACAACCAGGAAUUCCAUCUCUGGUUUGUCCACCGCGAGCAGUGCGGAGCUCCCCACCUCCGAGGGGCCACGAGCCGAUGACAAGCGAGCAGAGGUUGGGGAGGUUACAAAACAACGCAAAGAUCCGCCAACUGAGGCUCAGGGUGAGAGUGAUGCUUCUGCGGUAAAAGAGGAGGCUCUUGCUCCUCAACUAGAAUCGUCGCCCUCUCAUAGCCCAGAGAGGCGUGACUCCGGUAUCGCUUCCCGCCAGACCAGUUCGCCAGCCGCCCGAGAUAUCUCUACUACCACUCAGGACCAACAGGCGAUGCCUCAUUCCGGCAUACCGGUGACAAAUGGUGACAUCGAGGCUCCUGGCGCCGUGAACGGGAACCAUGGUCUCUCGAACGGAACCUCAGUGUUGCCUCCACCAGAAAUCCAACCCCCACACCAAGCUCCGAUGCAACACGAUCUUCCGCUUCGACGAUUCCAACCAGGAGGUCCACUGGUCUUUGGAGGCCGCCCCGAGUCUCCUCUCGAUCCAUCAUCGCUUCCACCGCCUCGAUUCACGAACAACCAUGUCUUCGCUCCAGCGUUUGUCCCGUCAUCAGCUCACGCACACCCAGUCAGUGCGAUACCCUCGGCAACGCCUAACGGGACCGUCUUGACUCCGACGUCUGUCCCGUUUAUACCAAAUAACGCCCUCAACUCUCCGACCGAACAAGAUGCCUUCGCUGGCGCUCCCAGGGGCGGAGGGGCGGUAGCGAGCCCCGCACACUCUCGCAAUGGAACACGGACGAUGUCCCCGCAGGAUGGAGGGUUUGCUGUGCCUCCGAUGCAGCCAUCGCCCGCGGAAAACUACACCGAUCUUUCUCUUCUGUAUCAGGACCAGGACAAGCACCGAUGGUCGAAUGGCUCCUCCAAGGAUGCCAUUGCGUACCCCGACCCGGCUCUGAACCAACUGGUGGCCGGACCUGGCGAAUAUUCGGAUAUGGAACAUAUGUCCCUCAUGCGUACCAGCAUCCUCAACAUGUUUGGCACCGAUGUGCUCGCCGACUAUAUCCUUAUCCUCCACGAUUCCCGCCUCGACCGCCUCUUCAUGACCUUCCCCGUCCACUCCAUCAUCAUCUCCCAAAGCCCCACCCUAUCCCGCCUUCUCCUCUCCCCCUCCCAAUCCUUCAACCCCUACGAGCGCAUGAAGGCCCUCCAUGCCACCCUCCACGACCCCUUCGUCACCCCCCACGCCUUCACCGACGCUCUCCGCUACGUCUACGGCGCCCGGCCCCUCACCCUCGACGACCUCUCCCGCACCUGGGACCCCUACGGCAACCUCCUCGAGCACACCGACACCCCCGAGGUCUUCUCCCGCUGCCUCGCUUACUUCGCCGCCGGCUACAUCCUCCAGCUCCCAUCCCUCUGCCACCACGGCCUGCACUACGCGCGCUCCCUGAUUGGUCCCGACACCCUCGCGAUGGCCUUCGACUUUGCCUACGCGCGCAAGGAUCCGACCCAAGGUUCCGGCCACGGCGGCUUCGCCUACGGCAUGUACAACAAGGACUUCCUCCUCGCCAUCAACGACUACCUCAUCGCACAUCUCCCCGCAGACCUGACGUUCGACGCCCAUGCCCCCGAACUGACCGGCAACAUGGAACGCUUCCCCUACCAUCAUCUCCACCAUGCCCGCUCGCGCAGCCGCAGCGUCCGCCCCGGAAUCCAAUUCGGGCAGGUCUCCGUUUCCCCCGACGGGAUCGUCCCCGCACCCUCGCCGACCGCGCUGUUCUCCUCCGUGCUGCUGACGAUCCCGUUCCGCACGCUGAGACAGGUGUUCGAGGCGCCGGCGUUCGCGAAGCGGGUGGGGAGUGAGCGGGCGCGGGGUUUGGCGGAGGUAGUGGUUGCAGAAAGGGAGAAGAGGAGGGUGGUGGCGAUGGGGUUGGUGGGGGUGGUGGAUCGAGAAUCUGGGAACGGCAUCGGGGGUGGGAGUGGGAAGGGUGGACAGAAGAAGAACGGACAGGGAGGGAAAGGGUCGCCCAGCGAUACGGUGCGGUUGAGCGAGCGGGUGGAAGUGCGAGACGGAGGGUUUAUCUUGACGAGGCGGGAGUGAAUGUGUGUUGAUGUUUCCGAUGUAUGGGUGCUUUAAGCGCGUGUCACGACCGGUAUGACGAGCGAGAUCUGUUGGAAUCCCUCUGUCCUUUUUUUCCUCUUUGUUUACACGGGUUGAUUUGCAUCGCGGCUUGGGCGCUAUGCGACAUGAUGACGAGCCAUGGUCAUGCGAUGAAAACUACAUUCUGCUAUCGGUAUCAUCAAAAUCCGGGGACGGGUAUGUGUUUUCACUGAAAAAAUUAUGUGACAGCGUCAAAUCGCUGUAGAUAGAUUCGUUAUGUGUGUUUAAUAGCGAAAAAUUCAUGGUUAUAACGUUCUUUGCUGAGCUAGAUUAGUG